AUGGAAUCAAAGUCCGAGGCCCUCUAUAUCAGCAUUGGCAUACGGAUGGCUGAACUUCUCGGGUUUGACACUCCGAACCCCGAAGACUCCCCGAUUUUGCGUGAAACCAAACGCAGAGUGUGGUGGACAUUGUACAUGGCCGACCGAUGGUGCUCUGCGGGAUGGAACUUGCGGAGGGCCAUAGGAGACUUUGAUCAGGCCUUGGGUCUACCAAUCGAUGAAUGUGUCUUUCACCGCCUCGAUGGUGAUCCAGCUGACUCUGAUCUCGCCCGCCAGGCAACCCCGGGUCUGUGGGCAUACAAUAUUAUGCUGGCAGAACAGUUUGGGCCAAUUCAUGAUUUAAAUAAGCAGUUGGUUCAGGGUGAGCUCACCGACGACUUUGUUGAACAACGUGUCGCAAUACUUGCAGAGAACCUUCGCCUCUGGCAAGCCGGGCUUCCAGACGACAAAAGAAUGAGUGAUGAGAAUGUCCACUGUCACGCCAGGAAAGGACUUGGAGGUCCCUUUAUGGCCCUUCAUACUGGAUUUCAUCAUUACUCAACUCUCCUGUUCUUUCAGUUCCUCGACAUUGACCGACCGCAAACCAACAAGUCAAAAGAGUAUGCGGAGCUUUGCAAGCAGCAUGCUGCCUCUCAGAGUCGACUCAUUAAACUAUCAAGAGAAAUUCCAGAUUGCGAGAUAAUCUACGGAGCAGUGGGGUACGGGGCAGUCGUCUCCUCGGCCGUCUUGCUUCAUAUGCUUAUGUUUGGCGAUGGACAUGAUGCCGCUGAGAUUCGAACAAUGUUGCAGUCAAAUUUCGAAGCCAUUACAGAGCUUGAAAGAUACUGGCCAUCUCUAUCAAACUCGAAAAAGCGCCUACACAUCUUCCAGGAGACCUGCCUAAAGCCUUGCGAGUUGCAAACGUACAAACUCGACAAGUGGAUGGUCAGGUUCCUCCUAGAGCAUCACCUUCCCCUGGAGGACCCUGGCUUAGAAGCCGCAUCAACCGGGGCACGUCUUGUAUAA